UGCCGGUGUGUUUGUGUUAUCGUCGGCCGCUUUAUGCACUCCACAUUCCUCGUUUCAUUUUGGCCGCCAGUUGUGUUUUCGAUUGCUCUGCGUGCUGGUCGUUCCUCCAAGUCUGCAGUUCUGCACGAUUCUACAAGUCUACGAUUCUUCGCGCGUACUCCAACUCCCCAUUCAUCCGUCUGUUUGUUUGGUUGUUUCCUUUCUUCGUUGCACUUUUUGCGCGCGCGCAACCGCCGAUAAACAGAGAAAAGAAGAAAAGGAGAAAUUCUGCAACAAACACUGGAAGUGCAAUUUUAAAUAGACGAUCCCGUGAAUGUUUUCCAGUUGAAACAUUUACUUUCGUUUCAUUUUUUUUUUUAAAUUUUGUUCUGUUAAGUGUUGAAAAAGGAGUUUUUGCAGUCACAGCAAAAUAAAACUUUUCGUCAAAAUGCAGCAGAAAGUCGAAGAGAAAAUCGAUCCCCUGACACGCAUUCAGGAGGAGAUCAAGGAGGUGGUGCGUCGCGAGGAGGAGUACCGCCAGCUGGCCACACUGUCGUCCAGCGCCUCGAUCACUUCCGCUUCGCCGGACUUCGAGACAUACACGGUUAAUGGUAGCUUUGAGCCGAAACUGCAGCAGGAUGAUGAGCACGAUCUGGUCGAGAGUCCAGAUCAGGACCAGGGCAUGCUGGUCACCGCCCAGCCGGCGGCCGUGCAGACCACCUCGCUCCUGCUGCCCAUCGACGAGCUGUCCAACACACCAUCGCUGGCCUCCAGUGUUAAUAGCGCCAAGGAGGAGAGCCUCGAUGGCCAGCACUCGGAUGACUCGGGCAUUUCGGCCUCCUCGCAGAGCAACACCCUCAUCACUGGGAUCACCACGAAUGUGGCCAAGCAGCAGCCACUCAAACUGACCGUGGUGACGCGUCAGGAGCAGCGCUACAUUGGUCCCAACUGCUACAAUCUGACACCUGAACCGCCACAGCAGAAGCUGAUCACCCGCACCAUAUCCACGCCCCAGCUGAGUGGUCUGCCCCAGAAGCGGCAGUUUGCCUUCGGUGGCGCCACCAAGGGUGUGAUGCAGCGCUUCAUUGCCUCGCAUGGCAAGUUGGGCAACACCAGCCCGCUGCCGGCUGCGUCUCCAAUGACCCUGUCCCUGGGCGCCGCCAAUGGUAAUGGCGGCCUAAAUGUCAAUGGUCAGAUCAACAAUAUCAGCAGCAGCAACAACAAUAACAACAACAACAACAACACCCUCAAGCUGAACACGCGCACAGCCAUGGCUUUCCUGGAAUCCGGAGGUUCCACGGGCGGCAUCAACUCGUCAUCGGUGGCCCUAUCGUCGGCGGCAAUCGAACGGGACUCGGAAGGCAGGCCCCUGCGACGAGGAUAUGUCCCCGUUGAGCAGAAGAUCCAGCGCGAGCUGCAGGACCUGAAGUCACGCGAAUCGGAGUUGAAGCGUCUGCGCAAGAUCAACAGGCAGAACACACUGAAGGCCUCCCUGGACAAGCUGCAACUGAGCACAGAUGAUGAGGCCGAUGCAGAUGAUGAUGAUGAGGACUCCGAGGUGGAGCACUGCUACGGGCCCGGAAAACUGCGCAAUGCCCAGUCCACACAGGAACUGGAUAGGAAUGGAAACGAGCAGGACAUCGUUCACAAGCCAUCGGGCAAUCGCAGUCUGAACGCAGCCGCCUAUAUAGCCAAUGGAAUCAGCAAUGGCAAUGGCAACGGCAUGCGCCCGGCGAUGUCGCUGGCCCAGCUCUGCGAUCUGACGCCCGAGGAGGCGCCCUCAUCGCGAGGACUCAUCGCCCAGUGGGAGAACCUGAUCAAGAAGAACGCCGAGGUGGGAACGGUCGAGGCGAUCAUCUAAAGAAUGUGGGUCGGGAACCCUGCCCAAAUGGCAAAACAAAAAUGAUGAAAUACAAAAACAUACACACCAACGACCUGGUGCAGAGCAGACCAAAUUAUUUAAUAUAGUGUCCACACUAACGCACUUGAUCCUCCCACUUCUCCGAGUCCACGUCCACGUCCAGGUCCUUCUCCUUCUCCUUCUUCUCCCCCUCCACCUGCGAAAGCUGCUUAUCAACGAAUUAAUCUUAAUGCCAACCAAUGGGAAUCGAAAUUAUAACGAAAUUGAAUUGCCUGUACUUAAAGCGAUUUAUAUGUGUAAUUUGUAAUGUGUACGUGAACUGUUCGAGAACUCUAUUGUAUAUAAAUAAUUCUUCGUGUUUCCAGUGCGAGUACAGUCGACUUGCUUAUAAUUUAUUACAAAUCAACUUUAUAUAUACCCUAUAUGAAAGUAUAUAAACAAAAUACUAUAUGUACGAAACCAAUAUGAGAAAACGAUUUAAAAAAAAAAAAUAAAAAAAUAUUUGAUUGAUA